UACCAGAUUGAUGGGUUGGGUUUGAUUGAAGUCUCUUUGUCAUGCAAAUGUCGGGCGUUUGAUGGAUGACCACUGCGAGCUGACAAACUUCGGGAGGUCCCAGGUCAUUGGAUCAGGACAGAUCACAUGACUAACCUUCUUGGUGAUAUGUGGUUUGGAAAGACUAGGAAAUGUAUGGACAGGAGUACUUUUUUUACGGCUUUGACAUAUAGCUAGAGGUUGUAGGGCAGGAGGGAUACCCCGAAACAGGUUGAUCCUCCUACGCUAGUGGCACAUGGACAAUACCGCAAUGAACUCUUUCUUAGAGUACACGAUCUGUAAUCGUGGGACGGGCGCCUACUCAUCCAAGACAGCUUCUUACCAAGUGGAUCAGGGGAUUGCAGCUUCCUUCCAACCCUGCUCAGGUACAACAAGUGACAGCUAUAAUGCUGAUGGGCGAUUUUUCAUGUCAGGAAGCUCUCCUGCGGCUGCGGCUGCGGCGCAACAUCAGCACCAAAAUUCGAGCUUCGCACAUCAUCACCAUACCAACCCAUUUGUUAAUACUGGCCCGAGUGCGUAUGGGCCACAAACGUGCACCAGCCAGGAUUACGGGCAUCAGUACUACCUCAGCCAGGAGCAAGACGGAGUCUAUUUCCAGCCGGGAUAUUCAGCAACGGCCGUUGGUCACAAUCUGGGUACAUUGAAUGGAGGAUAUUGUGGGGUUACUGGAAGUGUGGGCCCUGGCCACUACCAACCACCAAUCUGUGCAACCCAGGAACAACAACAAGGCUAUCUGCAGAGCCCAUAUGCCAAUGUGUCUCCCCUUCAGGGAGCAGAGAAAGAGUUCAACGGCCAAGCAGAUCAGUCUUCAACGGGACAGACCUUUGACUGGAUGAAAGUGAAGAGAAAUCCUCCAAAAACAGCUAAAGUUGCAGACUAUGGCUUAAAUGGUCAACAGCAGAAUACAAUCAGGACAAAUUUUACUACAAAACAGUUAACGGAACUGGAAAAGGAAUUCCAUUUUAAUAAGUACCUGACCCGUGCACGCCGAGUGGAGAUUGCCGCUACGCUGGAGCUGAACGAAACCCAAGUGAAAAUCUGGUUUCAGAACAGGAGGAUGAAGCAGAAGAAACGAGAGAAGGAAGGCCUGGCGUCCUGCACCACCAAGAGUGCGGGCAGAGAUUUUGGGGAAACCUCAGAUCAUUCCAGUUCAGCUUCACCUGACGCAUCUCCUUCCUCGGGCACCUCCUAAAACAUUUGUUUUUCCUAAUUCCUGCUAUAUAUAUUUUUUUUUUCUUUUAUUAUUGGGAGGGGUUGGGGUAAAUAAUUAUAUUUUCCUCAAAAAGAGUUUAUUUCUUGUAUUCAUCUAUAUGGAUGAUUAUUUUAAAAAUUUAAACUGCAAUGAUGUCGUGGUUAUGAGACUCUGAAAUGGACAUUUAUUUCGAAUUUUAAGGACUCAGCAACCUUUCCAUUGCCAAGCAAUAUAUAUAUUUUUUAUUUCUUAAAAAAAAAAGUCUCUGAAAUGACAUUACCUCAGGGAAACCUUUAUACCCAUGAUCUGGGAAUGCACUUUUGCUUGAAGCCCUACAAGUCUGCAGUUUCUUACAAUAUUUAGUAAUGGUGAUAAAAUAAUAUGCAUUUUAAGGAAGGACUCAUUAUUUGUAAAUAUAAUGUAUUUAGAAUUGCAAAUAGAUACUUUUUAAUAUGUGUCUAAAAUUCUUCAGGGAAAUAUUAUUUUCUAUAGAUUCUCGCGAGUUGUAGAACAGUUAGUAUCCCCCCCGCCCCACCCCCAAUCUCUUAUUGGGUUGAACAUGAUGACUGAUGGCUAAUAUGUUGUAACUCUUUUCUUUGCACUAGAUAUGUUUACAGGGUGUAUGUUUUUUUUGCACGAAAGUAUAAAAUACAAUAUUAAACUGUAUUUCCUUUUGAGCAAUAUACGAUUUCAGAACAAAUUUCGUAGCUCAUCAGCCAAAGGUGUUUGAAAUGGAUAUUCAGUUUGCAUUUUUUUUAACUGGUAGAUUUUUUUUUUUUUGAAUGCAUACUACUGAUACUUCCUUAAAUUAUCCAUUCAUCUAUAUUUUUUAUACUUGCUGAUCCAGGUCAGGGCUUUUAUGGUCUUAUUUAUUUUAUUCGGUAACAGGGUAAAGAAUGGUUACGUAUGAUGACUGUUCAAUAAAGACAAGCUGUUUACUUUUAAGACUGCAGUUCUCAUUUUGGCUGAUUUUUAUUUUAUUGUGAAACAACGCUGAAAUGCCCUCAAUUUUACUGAGUUUUAUCAGUUCUCUUUUUUUUAUUUUUGGAAAUUUUCCUCAAAUUUCUCAUAAUAAAAAAAUCCUGUCAAACUGCAUCUUGUUACUUUUCCUAAUAACAAGCUACCUCAAAUAAAUACUA